UCCGCGGCCAACUUUCCAUCGACAAGCACGCGUCACAAAACAUGACAAACUAACAAAAUCGGACGUAAAUAUAGUGAAAAAUGAAAGUGAACUUCAUGUGACCGGCAACAUGUUAGCGUUCGCUUUGAAAGUGUUUUUAUUAACUUCGAUCGCAAGUAGUGAGCGAACCCGCGCGCUAAGUUAUCCGCGUAUGCCGAUGUUUGUGCCAAAACGCGUACCGCGCGUAUUAUUUAUCGAUGAGGACGAUUUUGGCCGCGGCGAAAUCGAUUUAACGGAGAAACGCUAUCCGAAUAUCGAUUUCCAACCAGACUACAAAGGAAACGAUCGAUUGUAUUCGAUCCCAACGUUUUACCAAGGGAGGUUCGGCCGGCCGUACGCCCCGAGUUUCGCCUUCGAACCUAUCCAAAUUGCCCCACCGAGGAAUGGGUUUUACCCCCCCGCAAGUGGCUGGAGGGCCCGCUCUCCCCGUGUUGUGUUCCCAUACAACCCAGAUACGAGCAAUUCGAUAAAUACAAACUCACACACAGCGCCGAGUAUAGACAAUGUUGUGUUUCGUGAACCAAGUAUAGAUGCAAACGACGUUGCUGCCGAGGAUCAGCUGCAGGACAUAAGUGGAGACGCUUUCUCCGAGAGAGAUGCCAACGUACCACAUCGAGCUCACAAACGAAUCGACGAAUGGAAAAAGUAUUACCAAAAAAAACCAAUUGUAAUCAGAAAACCGAUGUUCAUACAAAAAGAGACAACGAAAAGAAAUUCUAUUGAAUACCAAAACGCGACAGUACCAGAAUUCAAACCGAUAUCAGACGCUCAAAUAUCGAAAAUAAACGAAAUAAUGAAUGAUAUACUCAGUACAAAGCCUACCAAUUAUCGAAAAGGCAAGCUUAUUGAUAGCGAAACGGGCGAGACAAGAGAUACAAUAACCAACUCGCCAGAGAAAGACAGAAAGUACGAUGAUGGUUGUCCUCAAGGAGGAACUUGCGAAUUUUUUGUAUCCUGUUGGAUGAAAGGUGGACUGUUAGAGGGUUCCUGUGGCGGUUUGCUAAAGAGUUGUUGUCACAGAGUGGCUAAAUCUGGUAUACUUGGAGUACAAGAUUCGAAUAGCAUUGAAUCGCCUUUUGAAGGAUUCAGUUAUGGCCCAGUCAUAAACGAUGACAGUUGUGGUGUAGCAACCAGCAAGCAGACAGCCCAGCGAAGAAUCGUUGGCGGUGAUGACGCUGGCUUCGGGACGUUCCCAUGGCAAGCGUAUAUUCGAAUCGGAUCCUCCAGGUGCAACAUGCUUAUGUCCAUUUUCGAGCUAAUUGGUUGGAAACAAUGUUGGAUAGAGAGAUGUGGCGGUUCCCUUAUAUCACGUCGUCACGUGGUAACGGCGGGUCACUGUGUUGCGCGGGCGCAACCGCGUCACGUGCGAGUGACAUUAGGAGAUUACGUUAUCAACUCAGCGGCAGAGCCCUUGCCCGCUUAUACCUUUGGAGUCAGGACAAUUAAGGUGCACCCACUGUUCAAGUUUACUCCUCAAGCGGACCGAUUUGAUGUCGCAGUACUCACAUUGGACAGAAAUGUUCAUUACAUGCCUCAUAUUGCCCCAAUAUGCCUACCUGAAAGAGGCUCUGACUUUCUGGGUCAGUACGGGUGGGCGGCCGGCUGGGGAGCCCUAAGUCCCGGCUCGAGGCUUCGCCCCCGGACCUUGCAGGCUGUUGACGUUCCUGUACUAGAUAAUAGAGUUUGUGAACGCUGGCACAGAGCUAAUGGUAUAAACGUAGUAAUAUACCCAGAAAUGCUUUGCGCGGGAUACCGUGGAGGGGGAAAAGACAGCUGUCAAGGUGACAGCGGCGGGCCAUUGAUGUUAGAACGCGCGGGAAGAUGGUAUUUAAUUGGCGUGGUUUCCGCCGGAUAUUCUUGCGCGAGUCGCGGUCAACCUGGAAUUUACCAUAGAGUAGCGCACACUGUAGAUUGGAUAUCACACGCUACUACGCUGGCGUAGUCUACGGAUUUAAAUAGAAUCAGCGGGCUUACUAAGUUUAAUAGCAAUCCCAAGAAGAAGAUCACAUACAUAUUGUUUUUCGGAGUUUAAACCCAGAGACCCAUCUGUACCACAGAAAGAGAACGAAAGCCAUAAACGGUGAACGUAUGCGAUUUCUAUGUCCUAUACUUUUUUUUACUUAAAUAGGCUAUACCUUCUGUGCGUAAAUAUCGAUUGUGUCUAAGAUAUACCAAUUCUUCACUCCUUCACUCAGUUAAUUGCUUAUAGAUAAAAAGGAUAUGGGUUUAAACGCAGGACUUCCGAGUUCAGAAGCAACUAGUAGUUGUAUAUAGAAAAGGAUAAAUAAGUUUUUGAUCCAAUUUACAUAUUGCAAUAAAUAACUAAUAAGUAAUAAAAUUACAACUAUGGAAUAACGUAAAUUUUUUAACUACUAUUUUUGGCUUAAUCUAUGUUACCAUAACUUUGAAAAGAUGAAAGCCAAUACACUUUUUGUUUUCUUUGACUUAUACAAAAAUACUCUUAAAUUAAUUUUAAUGUGAUAGAAUAUUACAAUAAGUUGUAUAUAGUUUACAGUGUAAAUAUUUUGCAGUCAUGUUUCAUAAUUCACAGAUAUCGCUAAAUUAAAAUCGCUAUAUAGAAUAGAGUUUAUUUCGAAUCUCUUCUAAUAAGCUUUCACUUAUUAAUUUAUUAUUGUUCAACUGUCUGUAGAACAUUCGGCCUCUUCCUAUUUUUUCUAGAAAUAUCUACAAUGUCGUGAGACAAAAAUGUUUAGCAAGACUAAUACAAGCGACUCUUCCCAAAAUUAUUUUAUGGAACAGUUGACAACUCAUGUUGUUGCCAUGUCAUGUCAACUGUCAAAUUACGAAUGUUUUGAUUGGCCAACUGAUGUCAUAAGAAUAACUAAUAGAGUUACCGCCAGAAGCGCUGUAAGAUUUUUGUGAUCUCGUUUAUAAUGUCAGAGAUUAGCCCUGCUGAGUGAAUCUCAACUAAAAAUGAUGAAGUCUCCAUUUUAUAGCGGCUAUAUUUAGCAUUAUCUGUAAAUGUCACACCCAUAUAAGGAAAUACAAAGAUCGAUAAUUUUAUUAUUAAGUAGAAUACAAGAUUUCAUACGAUUAGUGUGCUUUAAUAAAUUAUUUACAUUCGGACUUAGUGCUAUUUUUAACUUUUGUAGUUAGACUUAAGAUUAUCAAUAACUAUUUAACUAGGAUAAUAAAGUAUAUUUAUUGUUAAUUUA